AUGCCGCGCCGUGGGGUGCACCGAACGGUCCGUCAGCACCUCGCGGCGCCCGGUCGUCUGCACCGCGAGCGCGAUGCCUCUGUACGCCACGUGGUGGCUGACGAGGACUCCCGCGACGUGGUAGAGCCGUCCGCGCCGCCACAGCUCGCGGUCCCGCUCGCUCUGCAUCAGCUCCACCAGGUCUCCUUGCUGCAGCUGACGCACCGUGUUGUGGCGCAGCACCUGGUGGCGGUAGCGGCGCAUCAACAGCACAACGGCCACGAGCGCGACGCACACCAGCGAGCCGACGAACAGUGUGAGUGCGACGGCGAGGGACUUGUCGACCAUGACACGCAGCGGCACAACGCACUAAGGUGA